UCCAAAAACUAGCUAAUAUAGCAGAAACAAUUUCAUCACCCAACCCAACAACAAAUAUGGCUCAACCCCAUAACAUCCUCGUCGUAGCAUUUCCAGCACAAGGCCACAUAAACCCUGCCCUCCAAGUUGCCAAACUCCUGAUGAAUCAGGGCGUUCGUGUCACCUUCAUGACAUCCAUCUCAGCUAUCAACCGCAUGAACAGAAGUUCCCCUGUGAAGGGCUUAUCUUAUGCAGGCUUCUCUGAUGGCAACGAUGAUGGUUCCAAACCGGAGCAUGACAUCAACAAUUACAUCUAUGAGGUUGAGCGCUGUGGUUCUUCUACCUUAAGAGAAUUCCUUGCUGCCAGAAAUAAAAAUGGUACUCAGUUUACUCAUAUUGUGUACUCUCUUAUUCUCCCUUGGGUGGCGGUGGUGGGGCGUGAAUUUUACAUCCCAUCGACGUUUCACUGGAAUCAACCUGCCAGCAUUUUGGCCCUCUAUUACCAUUACAUGAAAGAUUAUGGGGAUGUCAUUAAAAAAGGUAUCGAGGAUCCUUCCUUCGUUAUCGAAUUGCCAGGAUUACCGCCACUCAAAAGCCAUGACCUACCCUCGUUUUUCAUGCCUUCAGAUCCAAAUUAUGCAGUAGUUCCAACAAUGAGAAGACAAAUAGAGCUCCUCGACCAAGAAACCAACCCGAAAGUGUUAGUUAAUGUAUUUGAUGCCUUAGAAUCCGAGGUUCUCCAAGCGAUCAAGGAGUACAACAUGGUUGGAAUUGGGCCUUUAGUUCCAUCUGCCUUUCUGGAUGGGAAAGAUCCUUCGGAUACUUCAUUUGGAGGUGAUCUGUUCAAAGGCACAAGGGAUUAUAUCCAUUGGCUUAACUCAAAGCCUGAAAAUUCAGUGAUUUAUGUGUCUUUUGGAAGCUUGGCUGUGUUGGCAAAAUCACAAACUGAGGAAAUAGCACGCGGAUUGUUAGCGACUGGCUUCCCGUUCUUGUGGGUGAUGAGAGAAGGUGGAGAACGAGAAAAAGAAGAGAAGUUAAGCUGCAAGGAAGAGUUGGAAAAGCAAGGGAUGAUAGUACCGUGGUGCUCGCAAGUGGAGAUUCUCUCCCAUCCAUCAGUAGGAUGUUUCUUGACGCAUUGCGGGUGGAAUUCAACCAUUGAGAGCUUGGUCUCGGGGGUGCCUAUUGUGGCAUUCCCUCAAUGGUCGGACCAAGGAACGAACUCGAAGCUCGCUCAAGACGUAUGGAAGACAGGGGUAAGAGUGAUAAAGAAUGAAGAAGGGACGGUUGAAAGUCAUGAGAUAAAGAGGUGUUUGGAAUUGGUAAUGGGAAAUGAGGAAAUGAGACGGAGUGCAAAGAAAUGGAAAGAUCUUGCCAGAGAAGCUGCCAUGGAAGGAGGUUCUUCUUAUAAGAACAUUAAAGUCUUCGUGGAUGAGUUGGGAAAAACUUCCUUACGUUCUUGAUAUGCCCGAAAAAUAUAGGUUGUUUAGUUUCUUCAAUUUCUCCUCGAUCGCAGUGUUUGUAAGCUCUUUCUUUUACACUUCUAUUCACACACACCAAAAAAUAAAACGAGGAGAAAAAAGAAGAAGAAGAAGAAGAAGAAGAAGAAAUGUUGUUCUAUAUCAAUGUAUGUAGUGUUGGGUUGCUGAAAAUAAGAGAAAUAAAAAUAAAAACUGCUACUACAAUGAAUAUUUUUACUUUUU